AUGUUUCUCUAGUUAUCUGCCCACCCAUAAUUAUUGGUGCGACUUUACAAAUUAUAUUGCUUAACAAAUUUAGUACAGAUAAAGUGUAGGCCUCCUGUCCAUCGGUGGCAUCUUGUAUUUUGUAGUCAUAUGUGUUUAUUGUGCACGUUUUAUUCACUUUAAUUUGCUAAAUGACAAAAUUAUAGGUUGAAGAUUUAAGGUAAUACAUAGAUAUAAGUAUGUUGAUUUAAGUGGAGAUGGAUUAAUUUUAAAUUAUUCAAAUCGAAUUGUUUCUGAAUUAUAAAUCUGUAUCAACAAAUGGCUCAGGAAAGGAUCUUAGUUGAAGGGUUUCCGUGUAAUUUUAACCUGAUCACGGGAAAUAAAGUUUCUCAGCAACGAUUUAAAUAUGUUAAAACCAAUGUGACAAAAGAUUUAGAGCUGUCAGAUAGCUCCCUAGAGGAACACAUUAGAGAUCUGAACCUUUUGACUUGGGUUCUGUUCAAUUUGAAUGAAAAGAAUGAAGCCAUGGAGAAAAAUACAGACGCUCUUGCGCUCACGAAAAGAAAAAAUAUCGCAGCUCUUGGAAAUCUUGUUCAUAUUUCAAGGCUGCAGGGUUAUACGCUUGAAUCGAAGAGAUACUUAGAGGAGCUGUUAGUUCUAAAAGAGGAGCCGGACUUUGAGCAGCUGAGGCUGGUAGCUCUGUCGGAACAAGCUUAUAGUUACAGUAGGCUCGGUGGACUUGAAAACUACAAGCUGUGCAGGCAAUGUUUUUUGGAAAGUACUUUACGGUGUCCAGAUAAUUAUCUAUGGAAAUAUGGGCUUGCAUUGACCAGUAAGAGGCUAACGAAUUGCAAUAUUCAGUGUUACAGUGACCAGCAGUUCAAAGCUGAUGAAUUAGUUUCUGAGUGUGUCAUUUUGUUUUUUGAAAUAGGUGAAAAAGCUGAUCGCAGAUUGCGAGGUCUUGCUUUUGGACAGCUGGUCAAUUUAAGACAAAACUUCUUUAUGCAGAAAUAUGACAAGUUGUUUAAAUUCUACAAUUUACAAAACUUAUGUAAUAAAGCACUGGAGUUUGGCGGAAGUGACCCUACUGUAUUAACUCAGUGUGGGAAAAGUCUUAAAAGUAUAAACAUAGACAGAGCUAUCCAGUCGCUUAGGAAAUCAUUAGAUUUAAGAGAAAAUAACAUAGCCUAUCAUCACCUUGGACUAAGCUUACUCAGAAAAUCUACUUUAAUCGCUGAAGGUAAAUAUCAUCUCAAAAGACCUGGUCAAGAGAAGAAUUAUAACGGAAAAAGUGCAGGUAAUGUCAGGAAAUAUGGAUUUAAUUCUAAACAGUUGAAUUCCGCUACAGACACUAGGUAUAACAAAUUUAAGUUAUACACAACAAAUCCAUUUAAAGAACUCAACAUUGAAGAUGAACUUGUAAAAGAAGCUAUUGAAUGUUUUAAGAAAGCCAUUGAGAUCUCACAUGAGGAGAAUGUCCCUGCUAAACAGACACUAGCUGAUGUGUACUUCUCCACUGGUCAGUUUGAACAUGCUUUGGCACUUUACAACCAAAUUAUUGACCAAACAGAAGGGAAAUUUCUGUUGUGUUUAAUAUCUGCCCACCAUGGAGCGGGGCAGUGUCUGCAGAAAUUAAGUGAAGCCCCAGGAGAAAUGAGUAUAGAAACUAGACAGCACUUUUUGAAGGCAGUAAGUUUUGCAGUAGACGUUGCCUCAAAGAAUGCAGCCUUUGCGAAUAGUGAAAUUAUGAUCUGGGAAUCUUUGAGACAACUCCUAGAAGACAAUGAAACCACCUCUGUACCAAAAGAAAGAAUUCACCGAAAUUCUAAGCUUUUUGAGCUUGUGAAAAACAAAGACAUUGCAGUUUUAAUUAGAAGCAUGUUAGAUCAAGGACCAGACGUAGACGACGUUGAAAUGUUUAGAAGAAAAAUAAUUACUUUUUUAACUGUUGAAGAUUAUGAAGGGGCUUUGGCCUUUUUAAACCUUGUUAGUUUAAAUAGUGAUCUCGUAAAUAACCCGGCUUGGUCCAGCUUAGAAAUUACGGAACUUAAAUCCAGAACGUAUCUAAUGGCAUCUUGGGCUCGUCUUGUAAAUCAGAGCUCAGAUUUCAGGCGAGUCUUUCAGCAAGAAUUUCUUUUAAUCUUUGGUCAGUGUGAAGGAAUGGUCAGUGAAGAGGAAGAUGAGGUCGAUGUCAUGGAGACACUGGCGCAUGAUGUGCUUUUGAUGACAGAGUCUAGAAGUGGUGAUAUAAGUGAGGAAAAGACUAAUUUAACAAAUAAUUUAUAUCAUAUGUUGAAGAAUGUUUUUGGCCUCUCUGUUGUUAUGAAAACUACUGACUUUGCAAAUGAGACAAUGAAUCCAGUAAUAGAGAACUGUUGUUUGAUUGUAAUGAUCGUUGGACCAAAUGAUUCCAAAAAUUUCGAGCAGAUGCUGGAGACAAUCAAAGUACCCAUUAGAGCAGAGACAGUCGUUAUUAGUUUAAAACAAAAUAGAGAUUACCCCAAAGUAUUGAAAAGGAAGAGAAUGCUAGAUUUAAAAAUAUCUCCAUGGAAAGAUACAAGGUUACUGACCAAUGCUUCUGAAGAAGAAAACACUGGAUUAUGUAGUAAAUGGAUUAUUCAGAAAUUAUUUGAUGGUAAUCCAGAGACUCUAAUGCGACUGUUUUAUUUUUUGGUUGGAGAAGACUUUGAAAAGAGAAUGAAUAGUACCUAAUUAGGACUCUGUUUGUCAAAUCAUUUUCUUAAGGAUUGGAAAGAAGCUAAUUUUACUCCAAUACUUAAAAAAAGAAAAUAAAUCUGAUCUAGGAAAACAGCAUACACCACUUAGAUAAAUAUAAUAUACUUAUUCCAUACCAACAUAGCCUUAGGAAAUUGUGUUAUGUGAAACUCAAUAGACCAAAGUGAGGACUUUUCAAUGGAAUUCGAUUAUAAUACUUUGGCUGGUUCAUUACACCAAUGGUAGAAAAAGAACAAACUGUAAGAAUAAAUGGCUCGGAAUCAAACUCA